AUGAGAGGUGUUAUAGGAAGAAGAUUAUCAAACCCUAAUGGCUUUACCUUCGCUUCUAUACUGAAGCAAAACCCAUUUCUGAUUCAACCCACUUCUCAUUUCUCUUCUUCCUCCGAUGGCUCUGGUCAUGGUCGUGGACGCGGCGGCGGUGGAGAUGGAAGUGGACAAUUCGGUAUCAAUCGUAACGAAUCGGUGAAUCAAGGACGUGAUUCGUCGGAAUCUCAAACUCAAGGAGGUUAUGGUCAUGGUCGUGGUCGUCCGAUCCAAUCUAAUCCGAUUUCUUCUCCUCCAAACCAAAUUGUAUUUUGA